GGUUAUUCCAGUUUUAUAGCUGAAUUAAUAUAUCUCGAAAUAAUAUUUGCACUUAAGGUGGUAGAUCUGAGAAUCAGCUAAAACAGCAGAGAUAAACAUAAACAGCUUAAUGCGCUCUGCCUGUGAGUUUUUUUAUAUACAUAUUUGAUCAGCAUUUUCUUGACGAAUGGCAACAAAGGACCGGGGAGACAGUGAUGAUGAACGUCUUUUGCACCAGCUGCACGAACUAUUGUUUAAUUGCAGUGUAUUGUUUCAUGCAAAGCUACAUACAUCAGUUACGAUUUCUUUUUAUGACUUAUCUAUAAACAAGGUCAUGGGAAUUAAUUUCGCAAGCAUAACAUGCAAAUGCAUACAACAAAUAAACGAAAUGUGCCACGUUAUGUAAAAAUGUUAUAUGAAGCUGAUAAUUUUUAAAUCCAGUCCGUAUUUUUCAACCUGCAGUGUGCAGGAGAAUUGGAUAAUAGUUGUUGGAGCUCUCUCUAAUGCCAUGCUGGGCCAAAGAAGCUCUUGGAGACUUGCAUUUAGCAACCCAUAUCCGGGUUAGAGAGGAAAGGAAAAAGUUUCAUUUAAGCCUAGGCGAGAACUUUCAAUAUGAAAUCACACUAUUUAGCAGUAGGCGCUGCCAUUGAGGCGCAUUUGAUUCCGAUUGCCGCGUUGCCUGACAUACUUAAUAUUUAAAUGAAAUAGUUUCGUUUUUAUUUAAUUUUCUUCGAUUUCCCCUCUUCCUUUUCUGACAGCUAGCUGUUAACUACAGUAGCUAGCUAGGCUGGAAUACUGCCUGAAAUGUUGACGUGAUCAUGGCCGCGCAAGUGGCACAAGCUCCGGGGACGAGUAAAAAUAAAACAUCGGAUUUACCGAGCAAUUUGAGUCAAGAUAUAAAUUCGGGUAAGUCUUUAAGAGAGACUGUACAUGGAUCUGGAACAAUAUUUGGGACUGGUGAUGGGACAAGCGAUGACAUGAAUAAUGUAGAUCGCCACCACCAUGAACUGAACAUGGCCAACACAGCUCGCUCUUCUACCAACAACUCGGAUCUACGCGAAAAGGAGAGUGCGAGUAAGUCGGCGUCUUUAUCCGCGUCCAAUUCGGGCAUGUCAUCGAGCAUGGAGACGGGUUUGAUAGCGAAUCAUAAACUGAAAAAUGUUGGUGGAGGAGAUCCCCCUCCUCCGCCUCACCAUCACGCACACUCACAGCAGCAACAGCAACCAUUCAAUCAAUUUCAGCCGCACCAUCAGCGUCAAAUUCAAAAUAACAACAUCAACAGCCAGCAAUCGGCGCAGGGGGAAACUGGCAUUCGGCAACAUGGAGGGAAGGAGAAUAUUCUUGGAAAUCGGGUUGAACGACAUCAGCAGUUGCUGAAUAAAAGUGAGGAGGACGAUCACCCGUGUAAAUCGGGAGACCGGAUGGGCAGCAGGUACGACCACGCCGGCUUAGGAGCGACGAACAACUUCAUCAGCAGCAACCAGCCACAAAGUGCAGGAGGGAACAGCAACGUUUCUGAGUUUAAUAAUUAUUAUGGCGGUACCAGAGGAGGGCCUUGUCUUGAUCAACAUGGCGGACAACAAAGCCCUGGGAUGGGGGUAAUGCAUUCUUCGGCACCCAACAGUAUGGAUCAAGUGCAAAACUCCCACGAAGGCUACCACAACAGCCAGUAUAACCACUACCAGAACUACCGUGCUGGCUACGGUGCUGCAGGAUACGGUAUGAUGACUCCCUCGCUGCAGGGAAACAGCAUGAUGGGCCCGAGCAGCAAUAGCGCUGCAAGCCACAGCAAAGCUUCCAUGGCUGCUGCUGCCUCUGGUUCUGGUGGCAACGUUGGGGGAUUUCAGAGAUUUCCAGGGCAAAGUCAGCAGCGUCCAUCAGGAGCCACACCAACUCUAAACGAACUGCUGACGUCCCCUAGCCCCGUUAUGCGAGGUUAUGGCAGUGGCUACCAAGACUACAAUAACAAUCCGUCCGCACAGCAAGCAAGCAUGGGGCUGGGCAAAGACAUGGGCGCCCAAUAUGGGUCCGCUUCCCACGGCUGGGGAGGGCAACAAAGAAAUCACCCGGCAAUGAGUCCUGGAAACAACGGGCAAGGUGUUACCAGAUCCCAGGUGGCCCCCAUGGAAUCCAUGGCGAUGAAGCGCUCUCAUCUCUACGGAAUGGGCGGCAGCCCCUACUCUCAGCACCAGCAGGGUGGGGCUUACCACGGCCAGCCAUAUGGAUCACCUGCUCCUCACCAGUAUCCAAUGGGAACACAGGGAAGAGGUCAGGUGGGCAUGAGUGGAAUGCAGUACCCUCCACAGCAGCAGAUGGCGACUCCUUACGGCCAUCAGGCCAUGGGUGGAUUCUGCCAGCAGGCUCAGCCGCCGUACUUCAGCCAGCCCAUGCAGCCUGCCGCCCAGCCGCCCUAUGCGCAGCCCCGUGCACCCCCGCCGCAGGAGAUUUCAUCAGACAGCUAUGGAAGCAUGGGCCAGACCUCGGUCACCGCUGGGAAGCCCAAUGAGGACUUGGGUCUCACACAGGAGGACAGACCCUCCAGCCUACCGGACCUGUCAGGCUCCAUCGACGACCUGCCCACGGGCACCGAGGUCGGCCUGGGAGCCUCUGCCAGCCAGGGCCAGCCGAGCACUUUCUCCCCCGGCGCCUCCCCACACCUUGCCGGCUCUCGCCCAUCGCCGCCACCCCCAGUGGGACCUACCCCCAGCCGCCAGGGGCCCCUUUCCCCGGCUGCAGGUCCAGGCACCCAGCUGGCCCAGCAGAGUGUGGGAGGUGUGACUGACGCGGGAACUCACGCCACGAUGAGCCAGGCACCCAUGUCCCAGGAGAGGGGGUUCACUUCCAGCAUCCAGAGAAAUGUCCCGUCCUCUCAGUUCACCCCCCAGCAACCCGGGCCGCCCAUAUCACCUCGCCCCAUGCACCACAUCGGGGGGCCCUACCAGCAGGGAGGCGCUGGCGGACCCACCUACGGACACCAUGGUGGACAGUAUGGGCCUCAGGGUAAUUACCCCCGGCUGCCCGGAUACGGAGGAGCCCCCGCCGCCAGCUAUGGUGUCCCGGGCUCCGGCGUGGGCAGCAGCCCCAUGCAUGGCCAAGGUCCUGGCCAGCCCUGUGGUUCCAUGCCUGCUGGGCGUGGCGUGGGCAUGGCAGCGGGCGUAGGGAGCCGCCCAUAUCCAGGCAACACUGGCGGCCUGGCCCCCGGCUCACCCGGCAUGCCCCAACCGUCAGGCCCCGGCAUGGGGAGACCACAGCCCAGCGGCGGCCGCAAGAGCCAGGAGGUAGCAGUGUCCGCAAUGCAGGCCGGAGGGAGCACCACGGCAUCCAGGCAGGGAAGCUACCCUGGUGUGAAUCACAUGGGCAUGAUAGGCAGCGCUGCGCCUUACAGCCAGCCAGUCGGGAACAGCUCUGGGAGAAUGACCCCACAGGCCCCGCCCUACAAUGCCCCGCCCUCAGGUCUGUUCUGGGAGUCCCUUGGUGUAAAUUCUGCACUACAUCAGCCUUGGAGGAAAGAGCAGAUCGGCCCCUCCGGUGGCUGGGGGCGCUUUUGGGCCCCAUCAGACCCAUCAGGCUCAGCACCAUCAUCCCCUCGACCUGCCGUAGACCUGCAGAGGGACCCUGUAGAGACAGACAUCCGCAUGGAAAAGCCCCGAAAGCUGGACAGCAAGGAGGAGAGUGCUGGCCUGGAGCCCCAGAAGGCAAAGGACGGCUACCUCUCCCGGUGUCCAUCGCGGCCGCCCACCCCCUCAGCGCUGUCCCCCAGCCCCGCCAGCCUCUCCUCGUACCACGGCGACGACAGCGACAGCAUCAGCAGUCCCGCCUGGCCCCGCACUCCCUCCAGCCCCCCGAAGCCCAACUCCUCCUCCACGCUGAGCGGUGAGAAGAUCACCAAGCUGUACCAGAUGGGUGUGGAGCCGGAGCGCCAGGCGUGGGUGGAGCGCUACCUGGCCUUCAUGGAGGAUCGCGGCACGCCGGUCACUAGCCUGCCCAGCGUGGGCAGGAAGCCGCUGGACCUGUGCCGCCUCUACAUGUGUGUGAAGGAGAUUGGCGGCCUCGCCACGGUGAACAAAACCAAGAAGUGGCGGGAGCUGUCUUCCCACCUGAACAUGGGUGCCUCUAACAGCGUGGCCAGCUCCCUGAAGAAGCACUACAUUCAGUACCUAUUUGCCUUUGAGUGCCAAGUGGAGCGCGGGGAGGAGCCCCCGCCCGAGAUCUUCGCCGCAGCCGACUCAAAGAAGCAGCAGACGCCCAAGAUCCAGCCGCCAUCUCCUGCUAACUCUGGCUCCCUGCAGGGCCCCCACACACCACAGUCCACAGGCAGCAGCUCAGUGACUGAGGCGGGGGGUGACCUGAAGCCGCCCACACCAGCCCCACCCACACCUGCUCCUCACACGCAGAUGAUCCCGCAGCAGGGUGGCAGGAACAGCAGCACUGUCAGUGUGCAGGACCCCUUUGCAGAGGUCAAUGACCCCAUCUUCCAGAAAUGCACUCCUAUGAACCCUGGGGCACCUUACCACCCCCAGGGGGGCAACAUGCCAGAGGCUGUGAUGAGGAUGCAGUAUGAGGCCAACAAGGACCCCUUUGGUGCUGCAAGGAAGGGGAUGGCACCAAGCGAGCACUUUGGGGAUGGCCAUAUGGCCGGCAGCGGCAUGCAGGAAGCAUAUGGCCGGGGGCCGCCUCCAGGGGCCAUGCCUGCCCCGGGCGUGGGCCAGCGCCCCCAGUACCCUUACGGCCCCGGCUAUGACAGGAGACCGGACCAUGUGAUGGGACCAGAGGGGGGCAUAGUUCCCCACCAAAGUCAGAACAACAUGGUACCGUCUGCCAACGACUCGGGGUUGUAUCCUCCAAACAGAUACCCCUCCCAGCUGAGGCACGAGGGCUACGGACAGCAGUAUUCCCACGGCAUGCCAUACGGAGCCCAUCAGCCCGGAAUGUUCCCCCAGCAGCAGGGCUACAAGCGGCCAAUGGAGGGGAUGUACGCCCCCCCUGCGAAGCGCCAUGAGGGGGAUGUAUAUGCUGGGCCCUAUGGAGGUCAGCAGUCAGAUUCAUAUGGCCCCUACGGCAGCUAUUCGGGCCCUGAACGCCGGCCCAUGCAGAACCCCUUCCCAUAUGCUUAUGGACGGGAACGCAUGCCCCCCUCGGGCCCAGUGCCCCCACAUGCAAUGGGCUCUGGUGAGGGGCCCCAGCCCAGGAUGUGGCCCUCCAGGACAGAUGUGAACUACCCCUAUCCAUCUAGGCACGGUCAGGGAGUGACCUACCCUUUGGGCCGGGGGGAUGAAGGUGAAGGUCUGCCAGGCCAGGACAGCUCGUGGUCCGGUGCCACUGGGCAGCGCCAGCCGUCUUUUCACCCCUCGGCCACCUCCCCCUCUUCCUCCUCUGGACCGAUGCCCCAUAUGAGCACUAGGCCGCCGCCACCCUCGUCAUACCAGACCCCCCCCGCCAUGGCUGCCAGCCACAUUCCCCGGGACCCCAGUCCUGCCCCUUUCCAGCGCUCUAUGGAGGUGCAUCCCUCCACCAGCAAGGGCCACUUUGUGGCUUCAGUAAAACCAGCCAAGCUAGGCAUGCCUGUCCCCAUGCCGGGGCCCCCCCCAGCUCCCGGGAUGCCUGGCCAGGCUCCUCCUCCGGUCCUCCAGCGAGAGGUCAACUACCCCCCCAGUUCUGUGGAGGGCACACAGGCACUGCUGAAGCCACGUCGUAAGCUGACCUCCAAGGAUACUGGAACCCCAGAGGCCUGGCGUGUGAUGAUGUCCCUCAAGUCAGGCUUGCUGGCAGAGAGCACCUGGGCCCUGGACACCAUCAAUGUCUUGCUUUAUGAUGAUAGCACUGUGGCCUCCUUCACCCUCUCACAGUUGCCUGGAUUUCUGGAACUCAUUGUGGAAUACUUCAGAAGGUGCCUGAUAGAGAUGUUUGGGAUUCUAAAGGAGUAUGAAGUGGGAACACCCGGACAGAAGACCCUUCUGGGACCAGCACCAAGACAGAAGGAGGAGGAUCCUGCCCACCUGGAAGAGAUGGAUCAAUCUGAGGCAGAACUGGGAGAGGAGGAUGAAGGGGCAGCAAAUGAUGAGGCACUUCUCAGUACCACUGAGGAGGCAGAGCCAGACAACAUCAGGGAGGAGCCUCCAGGUGAACCACAUUUAAAAGGGAUGGAUGAGGAAGAGCAUGAGGAGAAGAGCAAGGACUUCUCAGAGGGAACAUGUCCCCUGGAGCCCCGGCCAAAACAGGCUAGCAGGUAUGACAAAUUCCCACUGAAGGUGGAGGACAAUGACUGGGAUGGGCCACACGAAGACCUGCUAAAUGGGGAGGGCUUCACCAGCGGGCUGCUGCACUGGCAGGCAGGUGGGGGGGACUCCACUGCCCACAUCCAGACCCACUUUGAGAGAAAGACCAGCAGCCUGUGGGGCAGGGAGGAGGAGCCAGAACCAGCAGAGACCAGUGAGAAAACUUGCCACAACAGGGCAGCCUGGUGGCCACCAGUUUCCUUUGAGUUUGGCACCCUGGAGGAUGAACCACGUUGCCGAGACGACGCCCCUCUCUCUGUUGCUGCCAACUGGCAAGAUUCUCUGGCACGGCGGUGCAUCUGCAUCUCCAAUGUUGUACGCGGCCUCUCCUUCGUACCUGGCAAUGACACUGAGAUGUCCCGGCAUCCGGGCCUGGUGCUGAUCCUAGGCCGGCUGGUGCUGCUGCACCAUGAACACCUUGAAAGGAAAAGGCCUUUGCCAAUUCGCCGCGAUGGAGACAGGGAUGGCGAAGAGGAGGACCACGGUCUGGCCUGCAGCAGAGAUGAGUGGCGUUGGGAUUGCCUUGCCACACUGCGGGAGAACACCAUGGUGACCCUGGCAAACAUUGCCGGCCAGCUGGAUCUGUCACCCUACCCAGAAAGCAUCUGUUUGCCUCUCCUGGAUGGUCUCCUGCACUGGAUGGUGUGCCCCUCGGCGGAGUCCCGGGACCCGUUUCCAAUGGCAGGGCCUUACUCUGCACUCACCCCACAGCGGCUUGUACUGGAGUGCCUGUGCAAGCUGAGUGUUCAGGAUGGCAACGUGGACCUCCUGCUGGCCACGCCACCCAUGAGCCGGCAGCAGCGGCUCUACACAGCUCUGGUGCGCCACGUGGGUGAGCGCCGCAGCCAGGUGUGCCGCGAGAUGGCAGUGGCUGUUCUGUCCAACCUGGCCCGUGGCGACCCUACAGCAGCUCGGGCUAUAGCCCUGCAGCGGGGCGGCGUAGGCAGCCUGAUUGGAUUUUUGGAGGACGGUGUGGCCGUGGCGCAGUACCAGCACGGUCCCCACGGGCCGCCGCACCCCGAGCCGCCUAGCGUCAGCAUGAUGUGCCGGGCUGCCAAGGCGCUGCUGGCCAUGGCUGAGGUGGAGGAGAACCGGUCCGAGUUUGUGCUGUAUGAGGGUCGGCUGCUCGACAUCACCGUGUCCUCAGUGCUGAACGCCGCUGUCUCCAGCAUCCUGUGCCAAGUGUUAUUCAAAAUCGGCCGCUUUUGACUGGCACCUUGACAGCCCACCGGCGCCUCUAAGAGCAAAUGCCACAUGCAAUCGCUGGUAUUAUAUUUUUAUUUAAGGGAAAAAAAUUACAUAAAAAUGUUUUAUAUAUGUAUAAAUAAAUCUAUAAAUAUAUAUAAAUAGCUCCCCAGCCCGAUUCACGGUUUAAUUUUGGAAUUUUUAAAAUAAUUUUAAUACAGAUAUUUAAUACUUGCUGUGGUAUGUGUUUUUAAUAUUUUUCCUGUCUUUUUUUUUUAUAAUUUGAUUUCAACCGGAGUUGAUAAAUGCUCCUUUUCGUUGUCUCUUAUAUGUAUGUCUCUUGUUUAUAUAAUUGUUCUGAAUCAGUUUGCUUUCAAUUAUUAAUAAUUUAAAUUGUGAUAAAUAUUGUGGAUGGUUCUUCUGCCACAUUAUUGAGAAGAAAAAUGAUUUUACUCGUAUAAAUAUACCCAUGUUUAAGAAAGGCUUGUGCAAUAGGAAUCACGGCAGGUCAGCAUGGUAACAGGCUGGCUGUCAGUUAAGUGUGUGUUUGUUCCUCCCUAUACCAUGCAACACAAAAUCAGUGUUGCAUCUGCCUAUCAGUCAAAGAAAAAAAAAAUACUCCCUUCUCCACUCCUGGAACAGUCUCUUUAGUACUUGUAUUACGUUUAUUUUGUAUUCGCCAGUGGGCUGAGAUGUAAAUAGAUCUUGUACAUUGAACAAACGUACCCUUGUUUUAUUCUUUGUAUUUUGUUGUUUUUAGUUACCUGCAUCUUUUUUUCCAGGUGAUAUGACUACAAAGUGACAGUAGUUGUUAAUUCUAAAUAUUAUUUGCUGUUACUGUUAAUUUUAUUUAGUCUAUUUCAUUGUUUGGGUUCACAUUCUAAAACAAGGGAGGGCAGAGUCGUAUCCUGUGUUCUUCACACAGCUGUGUACCGCUUUGUGAGCCCCAUGUGGGACUUGUUUCAUUUUGGGGAAUAAUAUAUAAGGUUAUAAAAGACAGACAUCUAUCCUAUCCAUUUUUAAUUCCCCGCAUCUGAUGCGGAAGAGGAAAACUAUCCUGGGAUGAUGACAGAAACUAAUUAAAACUGAACAGGACAAAAAAAAAAACCUACACCGAUAUCUGUUAAGACUGGCAUCUUCUUUUCACUCAUCCACACAUUUAUUCAAUACAAAAUCUUUAUACUAUAUGUUCCACAUGUCAAAAAAAUAAAUGUACAUUAAACCUUGUUAAGCACUGUG